AUGGUGAUCUCGGCUUUUAAGGAGUUUUUUACCCAAGAGGUCUUUUAAGUGAAUCUUUUUGGGUUUGAAGUUGAUCAAAUCGAUUUCAAGGUCCCAGAGUUUCCCGAUCCGAUGCCGGCGAAAAAUGAUUAUUCCAAUCCGAGAACUUUCAAACGGGUUGACGCCGCCAAGAAGAAGGCCAGGGCUGGUAAGUGUCGAGAAAUAUGGGGAUUUCAGAGGUUUUUAGUCCGGAAAAUGAACUUUUCAGUGUUCAGAGAAGCGUUAAGUGUUUAGAAGUUUAAUGAUUCUGAUCAAUUUUUGAGUUGCAAAUUUGGAAAAUCCUCAUUGAAAAUGGGUAUUUCGAGCGGGCGAAAAUAAAAUUAACUGUAUAAGCUGGAAAAUAUUUUUUUUAAAGGUAAUGAAGAGAUUUUUUUCAGUAUCGAAAAGUAUUGAGAAAAGGAAAAUUCCAUUAAUUUUUAGCGAAAAAAAUGAGCGAGAAAUGCAUUUGUUUCGCAAAGCUUUUUUUUUCCAGCCGGAGUAAGCUCAAGAAACGAUAUAGGCCAGAAUACAUUUUUAUUUUAAGUAAAAGAUUCUUUUUCGAUGUUUCAGAUGAAGUUUCGAGCUGUAAAAAAAAGAAUCAAAUUCGACAUUUAAAAAAAAGGUUUUUUCAGGGAAUUUUUGUGCAGGAGAAGAAGCAAAUAUCAACUCCUAGACUUCAAUUAAAGACGCCAUUAUAGAUAGCACUCCCAAAAGUCUCCUCUUGGCGCAUUCCGCGUGCGUGCGCGCCAAUUCAAAUUUCGUCUCUUGGACUAGAUUUACAGGCUUCCAGUAUAUGGUUCUUUUUUUGUAUAAUUUUUUUCUUACUUAUUCAUUUCCAGUUUUUUUAUUUUUAUUUAAUAUUGACUCAUUUAGGGAAUCUAACUUUAUUUAAGAAAGUUUUUUUCUUGUUUUAGCGCCAAUUCAAAUUUUUCGCCUUCACUCACUUGCACAGGCAAAUGGGGAAGGUACCAUAAUGUGCCCACAAAUAUACCUCUUAAAAAAAGAAUCUUGAAUAUUCCAUAAUAUGUCCAUCGUGAGACGUCGAGCAUAAAUUUUAGCUCUAGCUGACCAGGGAAUGGUGUCUAGUCGCAGUUGGAUUUCAGAAUGAGACCCAGUCCACUAAAUGAAGUUUUUUUCAUGCUGUUUCCAAAUCUGUUCUCAAAAAAAUGCCGCGGAGGUCCGUGAAAAAAAGUUUUUUUGGAAAAGUUUUUUUGAGCGGAGAUACGAUUUUUUUCAAAAGCUCCUCGCAUGAUAAGGAAAUUUGCUGCUGAAAAUUCAUUCUUCGUUUCUCAUGAGCGAAUAGAGAACAACGUGUACAGCUUAUACAAAUUUCAAAGGAAGUCUGAAAACAGAAUGAAUAAAAAUUAGAAAACCGAAAUGACUAAAAAUAAUAAUAAUAAAAACCUGGGAAGCAUUUCCAGGCUACUCGGUAGCAAUCAAAAAUUUCAGGUACUCUGCCCGUAUAUCCAGUUAUCAUAGAUAUGAUACCCGUGUAAAAUUAAUUGGAAGUUUUUUUAUGCAAGAAAAAUUAUUCAAAAAAAACCAUAUACUGGAAGCCUGUAAAUCUAGUUCAAGAGACGAAAUUUGAAUUGGCGCGCGCACGCACGCGGAAUGCGCCAAGAGGAGACUUUUGGGAGUGCUAUCUAUAAUGGCGUCUCUUCAAUUAAUUAAAAUUAUGUCGAAUUUGAAAUAGUAAAAUUACUUUUUUUAUUCGCAGAAAAAAACAUUUUUUUAGAAAAAAACAAGAACUUUUUCUCAAUUUUAAAAUUCUUUACUCCACAUAAAUCUCAAGGAAUAUUUUAGAGAGAAAUAAUAUGUUUUUAUUUAAAGAAAAUUUACUUCGUGAUAAGCUUUUUCUGGGAUUUUUAUUCAAAUUUUGAAGUUUUUCGAUCUAGAUUUUUUUAUCAAUUUUUCCAAUUUUUUUAAAUUUUUUUACAGGGUUUCCAACUUUUUGCGAAAUUUUCAUGUGUUUUUAAAGUUCGAAAAAAAUAUGAUUUUCAGAACUAAACAAGUACGGGUGGGAAACUCUGGGCUAUGCGGAAUCUUUCAAGCUUCCGUCAUUGAAAGACGAGAAAAUUGACAGGUUUUCCUGAAAUUUUUGGAGUAAUUCAUAACUGUUUCAUUUUUUAGAGUUAACGGGAAGAAAAUGACGGUGGAAGAGUUCCGGGAGAAAUAUGAAAGGCCCCGAAUUCCAGUUAUAAUUGAAGGAUGCACCGAGGGAUGGCAGGCCAAUGAAAAGUGGACCGUCUCGGUGAGUGAAUAAAUCAUUUUUCAGUAACCACAAAAUUAAAAAAAACAUUAUUUCUGCUAUUCUUUCUGAAAAAAGAUGAUUAGCGAAGCCAGAGUGGUCCCUAAAGGGGCCUUUGAAGGUGCUCCUUUAGAAAAACAGAGUAAAAAAAAUGCCAUCUUACCUCCCCCUAUAGAGGCCACUAAAGCUUUCGUAAAUGACCAUUUUAGGGUUUUUAAUUGUAUCUCAUUCACGGCUGGCUUGAACCAUCAAAAAAUGGUCCUAACACGAAAAAGAGACAGUACUUGGUUUUUGGAGAGUGCAGACAGGCCACGCCCCAAGCUAGCCGUUAAUCAGCUAAAGUGGCCACUUUACGAGAAAAAAGUCAUAUUUUCUAAUUUUAGUGCUGAGAAAGCAGAGUAAAAUUUGUUCCAAAGGCUAUUUGGAAUUCCGGAGUGGUCCCUCAAGGGGCAAAUUAGGGGCUCUUGAAAGCUCCCCUCUAGGGGCCAUUAAAGCUUGCGAAAGUGACCACUCUAGGGGACCAUGCCCAUAAAUCUUUUCAUCUUUGAAGUCAUAACCAAAUAUUGAGAUAGCACUAGAGGGACCGCUUAAGCCUGGGGCUCAGGGGUCAGACUCUAGGGAUCAUCUAAAUUUUAUUCCUCUAGGGAGCACUAUUCUGUUCCUCAUAGGGAUUUUGUCCUUAAUCACUUUAGAGUCCACUCUGGUUUCCCUAAUUUGUUCCAUUUUGAGCUUAUCUAGCGAAAAAAUGUGGAAAUAAAGCUUCAAAAUUUGUUUAUGUUUCUUAUUUUGUGAACCCACUCGGUUGUCAUAGGAAAAAGUUGAAAAACCAUUUUUUUUUUUUAAAUCAAAUUUUGUGUCUUUGCUCAAUUUUUCUUUGAAAAGGCUUAAUAUUUUCCAAGUUUCAUAUGAGGCCAGUUCCGUGAACUUUGAAGACCUUAUGAAAUUGAGACACAAGUUAUUCCGCUCCCCAGAGGAAAAAAAUAUAGUCUUUGCUUCUUUAAAAGUUCGAUUUUUUUAAAAUAGUUCUCUUAUCAACUUCUUUUUUACAGAGAAUAACCAAGAAAUACCGAAAUCAACGGUUCAAAUGCGGCGAGGACGACGACGGCUACUCGGUCAAGUUGAAAAUGAAAUAUUAUCAGGAUUAUAUGACAAGAAAUCACGACGAUAGUCCUUUGUACAUCUUCGACAGCAGUUUUGCUGAUGUAAGUGGGAAAAAAGUUGGAAAAAAAGCGAUUUAUUUGUGUUUUCGUGGAAUUUAGCGAAAACUAAAGUCAUUUUUGAGACGAGGGCUCUUUUUUGACACUGGGAAGCUUCAAAAAUAUGAACUUUCCACAAAAAAAUUUUUUUCUGAAUAAAGAUAUAUUUUUUGGUCUUCUAGAAGAGCAAAAUUACCCAAAAUCAAGCUUUUCUCGACUUUUAUAAUGAUACAAAAAACACUCAAAUUAGCGAAUUUUCAAUUUUUAAGCGACUUUUGAGCAUUUUUUGAUGGCCCAAUUGGUGUCAUUUCUCCAAUUUUUAUACUUUUAGAGCUUUAAAAAUAUUAUCUGACCCCAUAAAAGAAUGUUCUUUUCGGGAAUGUCACGAAAAAUCGUGUACUUAAGGUCAAAAAAGAUGUUUCGAAGUAGGCAAAAUUUAUAAAAGUUGAAUUUCUCUGAAGAAAAAACAUUUAUUUAUGUGAAGCUGUGACGGAAAAUGAAGCGUUUUGGCUUAUUUUACUAAAUAUUUUCUGAAAUCAUGACUUUUGGGGCUCUAAAGGCUAUUUUUUAGAUUUUUUCACAACAUUAGAAACAAAAAAAGCGCCUUUUUUCUUGAUUUUCCACAUUUUUGAAACCUAUAGUUUUUCCAACAUCUUUUUCUCUGAAGAAAAAAUGUCUCCUUUUUCAAAAAUCCCAUCUUUGGGUCAAUCUGAGAACCUUGAGCUUUUUAAAAACGAACGUUUCGAAAGCUUUGAACCAAUUUUUCAUCUCAAAAUCAGUUUUUGAAUUGAAUAAUCUUCAGAGACACAAAACGAAGCGACUUCGCGAGGAUUACGAAGUUCCCAAGUUUUUUAGCGACGAUUUAUUCAAUUAUGCGGAUUAUAAGAAACGGCCACCCCAUAGGUUUUUCAAGAGAAUUUUUUUUUGCAAUAUUUUUUUUUUGAUUUUAGAUGGUUUGUGAUGGGGCCAGCCAGGUCAGGGACAGGAAUCCAUAUCGAUCCGUUGGGCACCAGUGCUUGGAAUACCUUGAUUCGAGGACAUAAGAGGUUUGAAAAAUGAUUGAAGAAAAUAAUGGUGAAUCCUAUUGAGGAAUAAAUACGGAAAAAAUGCGCCUUUCUGAAAUUUUCGAUUCAAAAGUGGUAAUAAAUAAUAAUCUUGGCGAAACCAGCCCUAAAAUUAAAAAAAAAUAUUUUUGUAAAUUUUUAAUUGUCAUAAAAGUUAGCACUGGUUUCAUUUCUAUUUUUUUUCAGUUUGGAUAUAGCUUUAAGUAAUUGAGGUUAUGUGUUUAGCCGGUCAAUAAUGAGAGGUACUGUUUGAGUUCACUUCAGUAUAAAAACUUGAUAAAAAUUGAUAGACCCAAGAGAAACGUUCCAAGGGUAAGAAAAUAUAUUAAUUUUAUUCCAUUUCAAUUGCAGAUGGGUUUUGAUUCCGCCGAAUGCGCCGCGAGAUUUAGUCAAGCCGUUGGCUCACGAAAAGGGCAAGCAUCCUUCCGAGGCCGUCACUUGGUACUUGUGUUUUGAUUUAAGAAAAUUCUUCUGUGAAGGACGUUUCAUAUAGAUGACUCACAGCUGGGUUGAGCUAUCAAAAAAAAGUAUUUUGACAAAAAAAAAAGAGACAUGCGCCUUUAUUUGGCCUAAAACUUCCUUAAUAUCAAAGGCGCUCAUAGAAGGGCAGACCGUGUGCAUUUUUUUAAAUGUUUUUGAGAAGCGCAAUAUUUGAAGAAGAAGCCUAAUUUAUCACAUAAAGAAUGUCUCGAAACGAUAAGCGAGACAGCGUGAAAAAUUGAGAGGUUUAUAUAGCCGAUACACUGCUAGCAGACGCUAUGCUCUCUCCGCCAAUCGCACACUAUCUUUUUUCUCAUCAUGUCAGGAUCUAUUUUUUUUUUUCGACGGCUCGAGCCGGCUGUUAAUCAACUAUACACCGAGGAUGAUAUUUUAUGGUUUUUUAUAAAGGAGAGAGAGUUCAAUUUUAUCUGUUCGCUAUGAAACCGUUUUUGGGAGUUGACGCUUUUUUUUUGUUAUCAGCUCAAUUUUUUCCAAUCGAGGUUCUCAACGGUCUACAACCGAGUGCGGAGCCCAAUCUGGCCGAAAGAGUACCCGAUCAUCGAGUGCCGUCAAAACCCCGGCGAGACGAUGUUCGUCCCUUCCGGCUGGUGGCACGUCGUCAUCAACGAAGACGACACCAUCGCCGUCACUCAGAACUACUGCUCCGUCGAGAAUUUGCACCUCGUCUGGCCGAAAACCGUCAAGGGAAGGCCGAAACUCAGCAAGCAUUGGCUCAAAAAGUGAGAAAUUCUGUUCAGGAACAAAAAGAAAUGGUUGAAACAGGCCCUAGAACAUAAUUUCCUCAAAAAAAGUUUUCACCAGGAAGACUCAACUUUAAUGCUCUCAGUUAGCAUUUUUUCGAGUUUAUCCUUUUUUUUGUUGGUCAGAAGCUUUAUAAAGAAAUAGAAUAGGAGCUUGUUUUUUCCAGGUUGACGGCCGAACGACCCGAAGUCCUAGACGUGAUCCGGGAGUCGACAGAAAUCUCAGCAGAAGGGGCCGACUCGAGCAGCGACAGCUCCAGCUCAAGCUCUUCUUCGGACGACAGCAGCAGCGAUUCCGGAUGCGAAGGCCAGGAAGGGAUGCCUACUGCUUCCAGGAAGAGGUUUGGCUGGUUGAAGAGGAAAAAUUCAUAUAUAAGGGUUUUGGAGAAAAAUGGAUUUUUACGGUGAGAAGUUUAGAAAUAAAAGGAAAAAAACGGACGAAAAGGUAAUAGGAAAAGUUCUUACGAAAUGUCAAACUUGGAUCAGAUUACUGUGGAUUUUAUUGAAAAUUUUCUUUUUCAGAAAAAUCUGGUUUUUUCAAAUCUUUCGUGGCUAAUAAAUAGGGAAUGACUUUUCGAUCGGCUUUCUUAAGUUACCAUUCAAAUUCUAUGUAAAUGAAUCAUUUUUUUGAACUUACCAGGGAAUGGUCUCAGCUCGCAGUGGGACUUCUGAAUGAGACCAUGUUUUCUAGAUGUAGUUUUUCAUUCUGAUUCCAAAUCCUGUCUCAAAAGCUGCGUUUUUUUCUUCCUUCCAAAAAAAAAAAUUGAAUUUUCAAUGUUUCGAAAAACUUUCUAUGUACAGGAAGGAUGGGGUUCGAAUAAAGUUUCAUUGAAGAGAAUGAAAAUUUUUUUUAUAGAACUAGAAAAUUGUAGAUAACUUGAAAAAUAAUCAGCCGGCUUUGAAAAGACCACAUAAUUAGAGAGAAGCUCUUCUGGAAAAAGUUUUGUCGGUAGCGUUUGAAUGAGCUCUGUUUGAAUAUGAAUAUUGGAGCUUGAGUUUGGAAAGUCGGAAAUAUUGAUAGAAGGUCAGGGGGAAUUGUACAUGGGCCUACUAUUUUUUGAAGGGUUUUUUUUUGAGGUUCAAAAUUUGAUUUCCCUCAAAGCUAUCUUCCUGAUCUGAUUUUUAUAGGUUGCAUUUUAAAAGUUUUGUUAGACACACUAUCCUCUUGGACCAAGUGAGUUCUGUAUUUGCCCAAGAGUGAUGAAUUUAGGCUUUCAUGGAGGAUAGACAUAGGGGAGGGUGUUCAAAAAAGAAAGAGAAAAUCGGCUAAGCGCCAUAUGGUGAGAAGUGAGAGCAACCUUCUUUAUUUUUUACUAGGCUCCUCUUUGAUUUUCAUAGCUUCUUUCUGAAAACCGGAAGCUCGUUCAGAAGGAAUCUGAUGUGCGACGACGAGGACGACCCGACGGCCGUCGAAAGUCAGUGUCUGGAGAAGAUGCGGAGAAGUCAGGACCGCGAUUCCCAUGCCUAGAUCUUCUUGACUUCUUAUUAAUUCUCGAUUUUUUGAUAAAUAUCAUUUCCCUCGUUGUUAUCCGUUGAUUUGAUCCUGUUUUUGUCCUUUAUUCAGUUAAAAAUUGUCUCCGCACGGAUUUUGCCACUGAAAAUGAUUUCCGAUUUAAAAUCCCGACAGGAAACUCUUCGAUUCUUUUUUUUUUGUUGAAAAAUCCCUUUAGGGGACUCUUCAGUUCAUUUUUUGACCUUUCUCAGGCUCGCUUUUAACCGCCAAAAAUUUUUGAGUUGAAUUUGUACUUCAAAUUUUUUUUGAGCCUCGAUAUUUCUUUGCACCUAUAUGUUCGGUUGCUCUUUUUCCGUAAUUUUCGAAGUUUUCGGCUAUUUUCACAUCGGCAAGUUUGCUCCAAUGAUAAUACGUUGUUCAUCCAACUUUUUCAUAUCGCUAGGUCUUGAAAUCGCCUUUUUUGAUUAUUUUUUUUUUGCAGUUUUUAAUUUUUGAAGCAUCUCACAUUACAUCUCCUUAAAAAAAGACUUGCUUUAAUUAUUUUUCUCAUAUUUUUUUCAUUCUCAAAUUAUUUCCUCUCACUGUUUUUCAUGCCACUGGUACUAAUUGAUUCCUUACUUAAUUUGAUUUUUUUCUGUUGUCAUUGAUUAGAACUUGGAAAAUAAUCCCAGCUUUACCUUUGGAAAUUUUUUUCGGUUUUCUUGCUAUCAUUCGGUUUUUUUCACUUUUUCAUUUGUUCCUAUAUUUAUUGAGACUUAGAAAAUUUGCAAUAUAAUUUUUUUAAAAGUGAUCCGUAUCGAAAAAUUUCGAUUUUUCUGUUAAAUUAUCUGUUAUCAUUAGUGUUUUUUUCGGUUGUUGAAUUUUUGGCCCGAAAUGUGCCGAAUUUUUUUGUAAAUUUGGUCUGAAAUUAACUUUUUCAGCAAAUUUUUUUCCACUGUUUUUUGAAGGAAGUCAGAAAGAGCAAAACGUUUUUUUAAAUUUUUUUGUAUUCGUAAAAAAAGUUAAAACGUUGAAGUUAUUAAAUUUAGCUUCAUCUCUCGAGAAGCUCCAAGCAAAAAUUCAAUCAUUUCUACAGGAAAAAAUCAAAACUUUUUUGGAAGCUUAACUUUUUUGAUGAAUUUGUAAUUUUUGAACAAUCUUCCGAUCUCAUUUCGAGAUCGCAAGAAAUGAAUUGAGUGAAGGUUGGCUUUCGCCUUCUAGAGAAAGAUGAAGAUCGGCGGGUCGCCGAGAAUUCUCGGCUGACCUGCUUUUCCUUCGCUUAACCUUCAUCGGCCGGCGAGACGGUUCUUCCUUCGGAACGCGGAGAUUUCCUUUCCCUCUCGUCACAACCAACAGCUGCAUGCUCCACACGAUUCUGCUCUUUUUGGCGGCGAUCGGUGAGUUUUUUCAGAAGCUUUUUUUUUUACGUGUUGUAGACUUGAAUUUGUUAUAAUUUUUUUUUGACCUCUGAUUUUACCGAUUUGUAGAAAAAAGAAUGGUUACCCUAGUCUUGGAGAUCAAGAAUCUUUCAAUUUUUUUUUUAAAACGGAAACUUUUUUCAAUUUCAGUUUUAAGGUUAGGAGAAUCAUUUUAAUCACAGAUAGUAUUUUCUAUAAGAAAUUUAUGACCUGCUUGGAAAAUUCCGACUUUUAGAUAAAAACAACUGAUCUUAGAGUUUAGGGAUCUCCCUUGAAUUCCUUUUUUAUCAACGUUUUUCUCUGAUUUUCAAUUUGGAAAGUUUUGAGCUCUAAAUGAUCGUUUUUGACGUGAUGAUCUCGUGGAAUUAUUUUCGAAGAUAAGCUAAGAUCCUUUUUUAAAAACGAGACAUUUCUAAAUUGAGCAAAAGUUUAUUUCAAAAAAGUUCGAAAAUUGAACUGAACAUUUGUAUUUUGAGGAUUUUUUUCAUCUCUAUUUGAAAGCUCGAGAGAAGAAUUUCUUGGUCAUGAAUCAUUUUUAAGAAAUUUUUUUCAGAAUUCGGAUAUUUUUUUAUUAGGCUUGUUAACAAUUUGAGAAGAAAAAAAUGAUGAAUCUUGUGAGCAAACACAUCUUUUUUUAACAUCUUUUUUUUUACCUGUACACAUCUUUUCGGAAAUUAAAUUUUUUCCAAAAUAUCGAAAAAGCUGUAAAAUAUUGUUUUUUUAUAAAAGUAAGGAAAAACCGAGUGAAAUCGUAGGCUUGAAUCGCAAUUAUCUCUUCCAACUAAUCAUGAAAAAUCAUGUCUUGUUUUUAAAGAAUUUUUUAUCAAGGCAUUUCGCGAUAAAUGAAAUUAAAAUUUUUUUCGAGGACAUUUUUUUGUAUGUAUCCGAUAUAAUUCUUGAAUUUUUUUGUUAUUUGUGUUCGAAAGUUGUAUUCUAGUGGAACUAUUCCAGCGCUAAGCGCCGUGGAAGCGAUCCCAUUCGAAGCGCCGAUCGUGGUUCCGCCGUGUCCGGCCGGAUCUCGGCCGCUUCUUCGCCCCUGACGGACAGCCCAGGAAAUGUCUGCCGCACCAGAAUUCUCUCUGUAUCAACGCUCUUCCUGACAAGGUUUUUAUAUUUUUUUGUGCGGCUCAUAUUAUAUCAUAUUGACAAUAGUUAGAACAAUUAUAUAAAAUGUUGAGAAAAAUGUUAAGAAAAAAAGCUCGAGUUUAAAAAUUUUAUCUUUUUAGGAAUUUUUUUAUCCUUAUUUUUUUAUUAAUCUUGGAAUCUUGGAGGUCUUUUUCUAAAAAAAUAGAAAUUCUCUUUUUUUCAUUGAUAUUUGCAAACUUUAGGUUUAUUUCAAUGUUUUAUUGAAAUUUUUUUCAUAGAUUCGAGGUAGUUGUUUAAGAUUUUUGUUUGGCUUCUUUUUGAAUUUUUUUGUGCUUUUUGGGAUACAUUUAGAGCUUCAUCCUGAAAAAAACCAAGAAAAAAGCGCUCAAGUUUCAAUGCGACAUUUUUUAAAUCGAUUUUUCUUUUUUUUAUUUAUUCCAUCAGCCCUUGAGUGUGAAAUUUCAAAUUCUGGCAACUUUUUUUCACCAAAUUUUCUUGUCCCUUUUCGCGUCUCAUGUUAGGUUGAAAAUAGAUUUCUGUGGCUUCCAUGGCUUUCAGUGACCAUGGAGACCUGUUUUUAUGAUCUUCUACAAUUUAUGCUUCUUUUAGAAACGUGUCUUUCGAAUCUUGAAUUUUCAAAAAAACCAAAGAGAAAAAAAUGGAAGUGUUGUUUACCUAUUCAACAAGUUCAUUGGUUAGAUCAUUUGAGAGGAUUAAAUAAUGUUUUGCAGCCAAACGCCGACACAGUUUGCUGUUACCAUAAUCAAGUGGAUUAUUACUGCUGCUUGGACACGACCGAGGAACAAUGUCCCGAUUAUCACCAGGUUAUUUUUUCUUUUUCUCAACUAUUUCUUCCGAAAAUUAUGUCCGACUUCAUUUGUGGGGAUUUAAAUUAUGGUUAAAAAGUUGCAAAAAAUCUUUUAUAUUAAAUGGAACUUCUGAAAAGGCUAGAUUCACCAGGUGCAGUUUUUUUACUCUGGGACUGUAAGAGACAGGAAGAGGGAAAAUCAUUUUUCUCAUUUUUCUGAAAAUGGAAAAAUCGCUAUGAAAUUAUAUUAUUCCAAUUUUUCCGUUGUCAUAGGCUGUAAUCAAAAAAUUCAGAUGGUAAAAAAAAUUCAAAGUGAAAAAAAAAAGCAAUUUAGAGCCGUUUUUCACUUGUUUCCAAAUAGCCUUUAUCCAUAUAAGCGUGGUUCGGAAUUUUUUGAGGUAUUGAGAUCUGAACGAAUCAAUGUGGUUCGUUGAGCUUAUUUUUGAGCUUUAGAUGUAGCUCCUGGCUUAGAUGGUCACGAAAAGACGGUUCAGUUUUUUUAGAAACUAAUUUCAAGUUGGGGUUUUCAAAGGGGCGCAUUUGCUUGAGUCACUACAGCUGCACUGAUUGAACAGGCUCCUUUUUUAACAAUUUCAAAGUCUUGAAACUUCUUUCAAAGACACUCUCGGCAUAUUUUGAGCACGUAUUUGGAAUUAGCUCAAAUAACAGAAUCUAGUGAUCUUAAAAGUCAAGAUUUAGUCCUGUAGCUUUUUUCAAAGGCUGAAAUUCGGAAUCAGCUUGAAAAACUGUCUCUGGUGAACCUAAUUAUCAAGUCUUAACCUUCGGAGUUUCAGACAUUCUGAGAUCUUUUUAUUGAAGGACCUUUCAACAAUAUUUUAAACAAAGACUCGGAAUCAAUUUUAAAAUCUUCAUCUAGUGGACCUAAAAAACAAGCUUCAAUCCAUUUUCAGUUUAAUUUUUCCAGGUGACCGUGGUGAUCCACAACUCGUUCCCCCAGAAUCCGUUCGCCCUGAAGUCGUUCUUCUUCAAGGAAGGCAUCGAGGAUGACGUCAUCGACGCGACGUUCAACGACGAAGACGCGAUCCGCAACGAGAAUGGCUUGCUUGUCAGACAUGCUAAUGACAUUCAAAGAGCUUGAUGUAUUUUGGAAAAUGUUGAUGUUCAAAGGUCACCUGUACUUAGACGUCUGAACUUCUUUUUUCUGCAUAGUAUUUCGCUCAUCGUGUCAAGACCUUUAUUCAAUAAUGUCUCGAGAAGGUUUAUUAAUCGUAGGCUUUUGGAAAAGAGAGCGAGCGAGGGACAACGGCUGGCUGAAGAGACGUCAGAGAAGUAGAGAACUUUUCGCUCUCUGGUGUCUCUUCAGGGUUUUUAGUUCUUUUUUUCCAUUUUUUUUGUUACCUCAUGUUUUGUAUAUAUAAUAAGUAAUGUAUGAAUAAUAAAGAAUUAAAAAGAAAAAUUUUUUUGAUUUGAAGAUGGAUGCAAUGCUUUCCUUUGUAUAUUUUUUUGCUUUUUCAGACUUUUUUUGAGUCUGAAUUUUAUUAAUCUGAACCUUUUUUUGGACUUUCUACUACAUGAAAAAAAUAAAAAUCAAACUUCAAAGGUCUAAUUUUUGAAAAACUAUUCCUAGGAAUCUUUGAUUUUUUUAAUGCUCAUAUUAAAAAAAUUUCGAUGAACCAAAAAAACGGAAAUGUAAAUGCCGUGAGAGGUGUAAACGGGAUGAAUCAUGCAAAUAUCAACACUUUUCCUCGUUUUCAUGUACCUCGUAGGUUUUUUAUCACUUUUGAUAGUGAACCGACCCAAAAAUGGAUCAAUUCGAUCAAUUUAUUGCCUUUGAAGUUAAGCCCGAAGUGGAUGGACUAUAUUUCGAAGCCGGUUCAGGUCGGCACACAUGGAUGGCGGGAUGGAAUCAUCUCGGUAAACUUAACUUUCCACGGCGCAACUUUUUUUUUCUCUUUCCUCCCCUUCGCUUCGCCACGCACUCGUCUACUCUUCUCUUCUCUUCACUUUGUUGGUUUUUUCGGUCUUUUCUGUGAGAAUUUUGUCAGUUUCAUCGUUUUUUUCCUUGGUUCUAGUCGCUUUCUGACCUUCCAUGUAAUCUAGGGCAAAAAGGGAGAAAUUAUCAAUGGAGCACACUUUCGAUUUUUCUUUCGCGGCUAUUUUGAUGUAUUUUUAUUGGUUCUAAUGGUUCCAGUCGCUUUCUAAAAUUUUCCAAUCAAGACCAAGAAAUCGUGUUUCUGGGGCAAAUUAUCACUAGAGCACACUUUCGAAUUAUUUCGCAGCCAUUUUUCAUUUUCUAUUUUUGAAGUUUAGACUGCGAAAUAGCAUUGGGAAGAAAGUAAUUUAAAGCUUCAAAGAAUGGCCAUUGGAAAAAUAAUGGAUUAAAAAAAACGUUUCUUCAUGACAUUGUCAAUAGAGCACACAAAAAAAGCCUUCCAUGGCUAUUUUUAUCUUUUUUUUUCCAAUUGAACGCAAGGAAAUAUACACAGAGGUGCUCGAAAAAAAGCCAAUUUUUUUAAAAUUUUCAGUUUAUUCUUUUGCUUUUUUUCUUUGCUAUUUUUUUGUUGAAAAAUUUAUAGAUAUGAAUCGAAAACCUCUAAAAAGAACUUUUAUAUUACAGCUUCAGCCCCGCUUGAAGAAAAAUUUUUUUUCUAAGUAUUUUAUUGAUUUUUUUUAGUUCUUCUUCAAGUUUUUAUGAAUUUUAGAAAAACUGGGAAAUUUUUUAGUGGCCGCUUAAGAGGUUUCUCAAGGACUACUUGGAGAGGACACUAAGGUGGCCACUUUAGUAGUUUUUUUCAUCCAGUAUUCCUUCCAGUAACUCUGAUACUUUUGAAACAAUCAGAUUGGACUCGUUAUGUUGAUCCAUUGACCCCUAAAGAGGCCACUAAAGGUUUUGGUCGUCUAGUAUUAGCGCUUAGACCUCUAUAGUGACCACUAAAACGUCAAAACCCUAUAGUGGCCACUAAAAAUUUCCCCAGAACACUUGAAAUCGGAUUACUUAUAAUUUAUCAACAGAGCACAGGGGCAUCUUUUUUUAUUGAAAAUUUUUUGAGAAGAGCGGAAAGCAUUUUUCUUAUACUCUUUUUCAACGAUCAAUCAUUAUUAUUUAUUUAACAAAGGUUAAAAAAACUCCUUUUUGAAUAUUUUUUUAAAUUUAUCCAUGAAUGAAGAAAAAAAAGAAUACAGAAAAAAUAGGAAAAAGAUUGGUUUCAGACGUUGUUUUGGGGACGCUGGUAGUGUGGCUGGUUGUUUUGGCGGCGGCGAUCGUGUCGUGUCUGGCGCCCUCCACGUAAGGCGCACUCUCUCGCCCCCAGCCGACGGUUCGCCGUCGCCGAAAAGACACCCGCGGCAGAGAGGCGGGCCGCCGGCAGUUGACCGCAUGCCGUGUUCGCGGAUCGCCAGGAUCCUCGCCACCCUCACCGGCCUCGUCUUCCUGGUUCGUCUUUUUGUUUUGUCUUGAAAUGGCUUGAAAUCGAACUCAUUUGUUUCGAAAUCAAGGAAAAAUGACCUUUUUUCAAGGUUUUUUCUGGUUUUGAGACGUUUUUUUUGAAAGUUUCUGGCAAGAUGUUUAUCCUUAUUCAUGUUUUGUCGUGAAAUAUCUUGAAUUUGAACUGGUUUGCUUCGUAAUUGAGGAAAAAUGGAUUUUUUCAAGGUUUUUUUGGUUUUAAAACGCUUUAUUUUUUUGAAAAUUCCUGGCAACUUUUUUUCAUUCGUCCUUUCAUUUUGUAUUUGAAUGACUCGAAAUUCAAUUAAAUUGCUUCAAAACUGAACGGAAAUGCUCUAGAAAAUAGAAAACAAAACUAAUUUCGAGGUUUUUUUGGUUCUGAAGUUUAAAAAAAAUCAACUUUUUUGGUUUUAAAACGUUUCUGUCUUGAUUUUUUUGUUUUAUUUACUUUGAAAGUAACUUGAAAAUGUUGGGAAAUGCUUCGAAGUCGAAGAAAAAAACGCCUCGUAAAUUGAAGAAAAUAUUAUUUUCUUAAAGCAAAUUCGGGUUUUGAGAGAAGUUCUUGACUUGCUGCUGCUUUAAUAUACGAUUUUUGUUUUGGCAGCUGAAAAAAAAGCUUGAAAAACGAUAUUAACUGUUUUGAUAUUGAGAAAAAUGUGCCUUUUUGAGCGUAUCAGGGAGUUUUUCCUAGCUUUCACAUUUUUUUCAAACUCAGAUUUUUCAUUUUUUUCGCAUUUUAAUUCAACCUAAAUGUUUGAAAAUUAUGUUUUUUUAGGUGUUUUUUAGAAUUUCUCAUUGGCUCUUAGAAAAUGAUUGGAAAUUGGAAAAUAAUGCCUCGAAAUUAAUAGAAAAUGCACUUUUUUUAUUGAGGUUUAAGCAGUCGAAAAAUAGGCAAAAAGUUUCAAGGCAAUUUUUUUCUUUUUUUCUGAUGUUUAAUAUAAUGUUGAAAAAUUUUUUUACUUCGAAUUGAAAAAAAUAGAUUUUUUCGAAAGAAAUAUUCUCACCGCAUUACCAUCUAAUUGAUCGUUGAGAAUUUCAAAUAUGGAAUUUAAAAAAAUAUCCAAAAUUUUUCCUUCUCCUUGCCUUUAAAUUCACAAAAUGAGACCACCAAAGAAAGAUAAAAAAAAUCCUAUCAAAACAGGGACAAAAAAGGGCGGAAAUGAAUCAUUCAUUUCGUAAUUGCUCAUGGCUAAAUUUGGCCGGUUUCAGAUUUCAAAAGACUCGCGAAAGAUUCAUUAGUCAGAAAAAAAAAUAUUUGUUUGUGGAAUAUUUCAACUUUCCGGGAGGUUAUUCAGAAACAAAGAACGAAACUUUUAAAUGACUCGUUUUCUGAUAAGAUUCCAUGAUUCGAUUAAACUAUGAUUGGAAAUUGCCAAAACAUUAAUCAUCAGGUUGAAAGCCGGAAAUUCAACUUAUAUAUAUUUUCAAGAUCCUUGAAAAACGAAUUUAAUCAAAUGAAAAAAAAAUUUUUUCCAUCAGUCAUUUACUGUAGAAAAAAAUCUGGAAUUAGACACAUUUUCUGGAAUUUUUCAUCAUAAAAAAAGGAUUUACACUGUUGAAACCGGAAAAAAAUAAUGCGAUUUUUUUACCAAUUGCUUUCCCUUGAAAAAAAUCUGGAACUCGACAUAUUUUUUUAAAUUUUUCAUUAUCGAUUGAAAUUUUUUUAAAUUUUUGAAGUUAUAAUGUAUUAUAAACUGAAUUUAUAGUUUUUAAAACGGAUCGACGGAAAAAGUGAAAUUUGGACCAUUUUUCUCCAGAAAAAAAUCUGAAAUCGACAUAUUUUUUUAAAAAAAUUUCAUUAUGAAACAAAGUAUCAAAUUUUUAAAAAAAGAAGAAAAAAAAGUUUGUUUUAAUUUUUUUCGUAGAAUAAUCUGGCCUAACUUUUUAGGGGUUUUUUUAGGAAUCUGAAUUCAUAAUUUUUAAAAAAAGGGAAGUAAUUCAAGUAACGCAUUUUUUUCUUUUUAGAAGGAUCUGAAGUUGGUAUCGUUUUUCAAAAAAAGUUCAUUGUAAGAACGAAUUUGAAGCAAUUUUUUUAAAAAAAUUUUAAACUGAAAGGUUGAAAAGAAUUAAGGAGCAAAGUUUGUGAUUUUUGAAAAAUCAUGACAUAAUUUAUUUAAGAAAAAGUUUAUUAAAAAGUGAAUUAAAAAGGAAAAAUUUGUACUUUUUUUCGUGCCACAAAAAGAUCCUGAAGUUGAUACAUUUUUCUGAAAGGUUCAUUAUAAACUGCUUGAUAUUCAGACAUGCUCAGCGGGUCUUCUGGCGAUGACGCUUCUCUCAGCUUUCAACGCGCCGCGGCCGGUCGUCGCUCCUGAGAGGGUCUCUCACUAUCCUCAGGUCGGUUCCUAGAACAGGGUGAUUCAAGGUGAAGGUAGUUGGUAAUUUGGUGAGAUUACUUUUAAAAAAAACCAAAAACUGCCUGAAAAAUUUAGAUUUUUGACGGUUUUUAUGAUCUUACUUCAAAGAGAUUGUAUUAGAACCAUUGUAGGGGAUUUUCUGAACUUUUUAUUGGAACUUUGGAUUAAAAUUUUGAGUUCUCUAGAUAUAGUUUUUCAUUCUGAAUUCGAAUCUGUGCUCGAAAAAUGCCCAGGAGGUCGUUUUUUGAGUAUAAUUGAGGUUAUAAGCUUCGAAUUCAUUGAAAGAAAGUUUAGUAAUCGAAUAGCUUCCAGGUGGAAUGAAAAUCUUUUAUUUUUUUUUUCUUCAUGAAAAUUUUACCUGUACCAGGUGCCUUAUGACUGUUGAAAGGGAGCCGUGAAGUGCUUAAAGGAACCGAUAUGCUUCCCGAUCUGUACUUGAAAAUUUCCAAGGAGGUCUGAAAAAUAUUCCCUCUCAAAGAUGAGAAAAAGACAAUUUUUUUGGUUCAGCUCAUUAUUUUAGAAGAUGGAAAGAGCUGGCUGGGUUGAUCAUGAAAAAUUGAUCAUCUUGUUUUUUUUUGGAUAAAUUAUUAAGCCGAAGUUCUUUUUCAAAAUUUUUUUUGUCAAGGCUAUCCAGCAUUAGAUCAUGUACUAUUUGGAAAACCUUUUUUUUUCAAUUUCGAGCGAAUAUGUUUUUUUUUUUGAUUUACGAGCCCUUUUACGGAGGUCAGAUUUGGAAAUUAUGUGAAAAAAAAACGGCACCUGAUGAUUUUAGUUUCAUUAAGAAGUUUUGAGAUCAUCGCUUAGAAAAUGGGCAAAAAGUCACCGGAAUGGGAAACUUUUCAGUUUUUUUUCCGAAAUUCAAUUCACCAUCUAUUUUCUCCCAUCUAUUUCUUUCAUAUCGAUGUCACGGAUGAAAAAUUAUGCUUUUAUAGAAACUGACGGAGCGGAAAAUUGGAUAAAUUGUCCCGCAAUUUAAUUGCCGAGAGCUUCAUAGAACGUCCAAACCAGGAAUUUCGUGAAUUUUCUCCCGAAAAAUAUUCAUUUUUCUCUCAAAAACCCAAUGAAAAAGACCUCUUUUCCCCUGAGAAAUUGCUGUUUUUUUUCCCUACCCCAACAACUAUUCGAAUUGAGCCAUUUUUCUUCUUCCUUUCGCCCACAAUAGCUAUUUUUCUCUCCUAAUAUUUUUCAAUUUCUGAAGAGUGGCUGAAGAAUAAAGAAGGAGGGAAGAAAAACGGCUACAAAUUCCGUUUUUUUUUAGUUGCAAAAUUAUAGCCCUGAUGAACUUUUUUUUACCAAAGAUCGAGAAAAUAUGAGUAAUUCGAAUUUCCGGUUCAUGAUGAAAAUUUUGACGAGGAAUAAUCUUGAUUUAUCAAAUAAAUGCAUUUUUGGACCGUUAUGAGGAAGUUAUGUGAGGAAACUCUUGAAUUUACUUUUUUUCAUUCUUGAAAUUCCUUUUGAAUGAUUCUGAACUGUCUGCGCUCUCUUUUCCCUCACCAGCGAGGUCAGAGAAACAUGAAAAGAGCACGCAAACAAGAGAGCGUCGCCGAGAGAAAAGAGGAGCAGAGAUAUCCACUUUUUCAAUUUUUGGCGAUGGGAGACUAUAUGAAAAAAAAAUUUUUUUCAGAAAGUUAGAAUUUAUUCCAAUUUUGGGACCACGGAUUUUCUGAUCGAUUUUUUCUGAUAAUGGUUGUAUAAGACAAGCUGAUAAUGAUUACACUAUGGACCGACUUUUUAAAAAUCUAAUUUUUGGAAAACAUCGAAAAAGUUUGAGUUUUAGCUUUUUUUCUAGAAAUAAUGGUCCCUAACAUGAUUUUAAUCGUUUUUUAUCAUUGAUAAACAUAUUUAAAUAAAUCAAUCAGACUAAAAAUUGUUUUGAUACCGCUUAAAUGAUAACUUUCUGACCGAAAAUGUACCGUAAAAUUCGAAAAAUUCGUUAUUUUUUCAAAACUACCCCAAUUAGGUAGGUGAUCGAACUCUGAAACACUAUAAACAGGCCAAAGUUUUGCCUGAAUCGACGACGAGAAACGGGUUUUUCCUUCCCCCCUAGAGGGGUCGAAUCAAUCAACUCGCCUGCCAAUCUGUCCCUUCCGUCUAUUUUUUUUUCCUCUUUCUUUUUUUCCUCCAACGACAAUUAUCAGAUAAACGUGUGAGGGAUAGGAAUGGGCUGGAGACGGGGGAAAAAAAAUAGGAAAAAAACUUUUUUUGAGUUUUUUUGGUGGGGUGGAAAAGGUUAGAAAAAUUUUUUUAAUAAUUUUUUUAUUGGGAGAAGUGACAAAAUUUGUCUUGUCUUAAAAAAAGGCUAAGAAAGCAUUUUUUUGAACUUUUUUUGCUCAUAGUCUAUUCACCUUUAGGUCUACGAAUUGAGCUCCGAAAAAUUAAAAAAUGGUCAGCCAAUUAGAAAUUUGUUUUUCGAAAGCCUUUUUUAAGGAAAAUAAAAAUUAUUUAUGAAUGAAUUACUUUGAAAUUCCUAUGAGGAAUGUCAGUUUUUGAUUUAAAAAGCGCUAUUUUUUUCGAAAAAAAUUUGGAACUUUUUCAAGAGUUUUGGCUUCUCUUGAACGUAGUCUAUUCAUUGUGAUUUCAACUUUUUUUAAAAUUGUUUUUAGUUUUCGAAUAAUUUACAAUGACCCUGGCCACCAAGUUACAGAUUUUUUCGAUAUUUAGCGAUUUUCUUCAAAAAACGAUAUCUUAAAGGUACUUUUUUAAAAAAGAAGAGUUAGAAAUUUCAAGUCAGCUCCAGCAACCUCCAAACAUCCUCUGGAUCGGUUUCACCCUUUGAAAACCCAAUGAGAGAAAAAUGACGAGGAGGAGAAGAAAGAAUGGACCCCAAAUUGAGUUAAACUUGAGCGACACGAAAAAGAGAGAUCCGACAAGGAAAAAAAAAGGGGAAAUGGACGGAUAGUUGAAUGUUUUAAUGCAUUCAAAUGAACCUGCAGGGAGAUGAUUUCACUGGAAAAGUUUUUUUAAAUUAAAGUCAUUUUUAAGAUCAUAUAAAGAGCUGAAAAUGAGCAGUUUUUUUGAAUAAAAUCUAUUAAAAUGAUAAUUUUGAAAAAGAUUUGAUUGGAUCGGGCAUGAUAGUCUUAUUCAUUGAAAAAAAUUUACAAAUUUUUUUGGACUUAUCAAAAAUCAAAAACUCCGAGGUUUUAUCGGUUCAUGAACGUAAAAAGAGCUGAAAAAAAAGGAUUGAGUGGAGAUUUUUUUAAUUUUAAAGAAAUAAAAAAAUUUUUGUUUAACUUAUCAACCAUUGUAUUUUUAGUCAUCCUGCUGUUUUUGGCAAUUUUUUGAAGACCAAUUAGUUUUUGAAGGAAAUAACAUAGGAAAAAUAGGAGGGUUUAUACAGAUGUUUGCUCCUUUCUAGGAAUUUUUUUCGCUUUUUUUGAUGUAAAAUUUAUAGCUCCUUUUACGUUCAAAAAAAUUUAAUUAAACUCAAGAAUUUUUGUCAAAAAAACACUGAAUAGAAACACAAUUUGAAAUUUUUCUGAUUUUUUUAAGGACUUUUGUUUUUCUAAUGAAAAAUGCGAUUUUUCUAGCUUCAAAUCAUUAUUUAUUGAAUUUUUCAGCCAUAUAAAGACCAUUCCUUGAUAUUUUUUUUUGUUCAAAAACUUUCGUCGAAUCCAAAAAUUUUGCAGUUCGUGGUGACGUUACUACUGGUUGGCGGAUAUGCGACGGCGUUAUUCGCCAUUUCUCUAUUCGGCCUCGUCUCCUUGAUUAUUCUGAACUCCUUCUUGUUAUCGGUGGUCAGUUUCCAUCUCAAAAAACAGAAAAAUGUUUCAAUUUUCUGUUUCAGUUCAUUUUGGGACAAGUCGCCAUGAUUAUGUGCCUCUGCAUAGCCUUCGCUUUCACACUGACUGUUAGAAAAAGGGUGAGUUACAAUAACUUAAACUUAAAAAAAUAGUCAAAUUUCAAAGAAGGAUCCUUGAAAAAACUGUAUACUCUAUUCGCCACUGUUUUGAACCUUCUGACCGUCUGCGCUCUCUUUUUCUCUCAGCUAUAAAAAGUUGGGCCCGACUUAUUACGGCUUGCGCCAAGACAUAUAAGCAAAUUUUAGAAAAAACUAAGAAAGUCAGGGUUCAGCCCUUCUAGAAACGGUUACACUUGAAAUUUUAAAGGGGCUUCUUGAAAAUCUGCGCCCGACUCCAAAACAACUUACGCGGUUCAAUUGGAAGAAAAAUAGCUUUAAAUUCCGUUUUUCGAGCUUGAAAGGACGGUAGUUCCGAUUCACGGCUAGCUUGGGACGCUAAGAAAGCGUGGCCUGUCUGUUCUCUCCAAGAACCAGGCACUGUCUCUUUUCCUAUCGCGUCAGGACCCUUUUUUCGAUGGCUCAAGCCAGCCGUGAAUCAGCUAUAUAAACGCGUUGAGCCAUUCCGCUUGCGACCAUUUGAGAGUAUAAAUAUGUAGAAACCUGGAUUAUUUCAGUUACACCUAAAACUGGAAGAAACGUGGCGAGAGAAGUCAAUGUGUCUGGUGGGGCAGCCUUGCCGGCCCGUCGAGCAGUUUCUCUACUCGGAAACCCUACUCAUCGUUGUUCUCGCCGUUUUUCUCGUACUUCAGGUACUUUGGAGAUAUUUUCCCCAGUUUCCCACUACUUGAAGGGCGAUUUUUUAUAAAUUUUUACACAUAUCCGAUCAAUCUCAUUCCUUUUCAGGUGAUCCAACUCGUCGCGACGAGUUACCUCUGCGAACGGAGGUCCUACCACGAACGCGUAAAACUUCAAGCUCAGAAAGACCUCGAAGAAGACGACUGA